AUGACAGCCCAAACAAGCAUUCUCUACAUCACCUACUCAAAUGAGCUUCUAAAUGGAGAAUCAAUCUUUGUUUCCUCAAAUUGCUAUCCAGUCAAGGCUUCACGUUUUGAACCUGCUGGCCAUUCAUUUCAUGAUGCUGCACUUAAGCUCCGUGGCUGUUUCAUGGAAGAAAACACAGAUGAUAAUGAUGAUAACCAGAAUUCAUCCAAAGACAAAGAACAUGAUUACAUGCAAUCAUCAGAUUCAUACAGCAGCAAAGGCAAAAAGAAAUCUGGUGAUGGACCCAACAAGCAAGAUCAUUAUGCAUUAUUGGGUUUAGGUCACUUAAGGUAUCUAGCAACCGAUGAUCAAAUCAGGAAAAGCUACAGGGAAACUGCUUUAAAGCAUCACCCUGACAAACAAGCUGCACUUCUUCUUGUUGAAGAAACCGAAUCUGCUAAACAAGCAAAAAAAGAUGAAAUCGAGAAUCGUUUCAAAGCAAUUCAAGAAGCAUAUGAAGUGUUAAUCGAUCCAGUAAAGAGAAGAAUAUAUGACUCAACAGAUGAGUUUGAUGAUGAAAUUCCUUCCGAUUGUGCCCCUCAAGAUUUCUUCAAGGUGUUUGGACCUGCUUUUUUGAGGAACGGAAGGUGGUCUGUUGUGCAGCCGAUCCCUUUCUUGGGAGACGAAAAUACCCCUCUUAAAGACGUUGAUUUGUUCUAUGAUUUUUGGUAUGGAUUCAAAAGCUGGAGGGAAUUCCCACAUGCGGAUGAACAUGAUCUUGAUCAAGCAGAAUCACGCGAUGAGAAAAGAUGGAUGGAAAGGCAGAAUGCAAAGCUUUCAGAAAAGGCUAGAAAAGAAGAAUAUGUAAGAAUACGCGCCCUUGUUGACAACGCGUAUAAACGAGACCCAAGAGUUUUAAAAAGAAAAGAAUUGAUGAAAGCCGAAAAACAAAAGAAAAAAGAAGCCAAAUUUAUGGCAAAGAAGCUACAAGAAGAGGAAGCGAUUCGAAUCGCAGAAGAAGAGAAACGUAAGAAAGAAGAAGCCGAAAAGGAAGCUGCUGAAGCUGCAUCACAACAAAAGAAAAUCAAAGAAAAAGAAAAGAAAUUGUUGCGUAAAGAAAGAACCCGUCUUCGAACCCUUUCCAACAAUGUGGUGAGUCAGCGUUUGCUUAAUAUUACAAACGAUGACGUGGAAAAUCUCUGCAUGUCGCUCGAUAUUUUGAAAUUAAAAGAUUUAUGCGACAAUCUGGAGACAAAAGAAGGGAGUUCACAAGCUGAAGUUUUAAAAGACGCGAUUAGCAACACUGAUGUUUCUGAUAAAGAUUAUAUCCCAAAGAAUGUCCCGAAUGGGUCUGUGAAGGUGAAUGGAAAUGCUCCCAAAAAUAAUAUUCCUAAACCUUGGGGGAAGGAAGAGAUUGAGCUGUUGAGGAAAGGGAUUGCAAAGUAUCCGAAAGGAACUUCUAGAAGGUGGGAGGUGAUAUCUGAAUACAUUGGGACAAAUCGAAGUGUAGAUGAGAUUCUGAAAGCAACUAAAACAGUUCUUCUUCAAAAACCCGAUGCUACAAAAGCAUUUGAUUCUUUUCUUGAAAAGAGGAAACCGGGACCUGUGAUUUCUUCUCCUUUGUCAACUAAGGAGGAAAGUGAGGGGGUGUCUUUGAAAAAUGGUAGUGAAAAGGCGGAUGAAGUUGUUGUUGAAAAUGGUGUUGCAAAUGGGGAGGAAGAUGUGUGGUCAAGUGUUCAAGUGACAGCAUUGAUUCAAGCUGUGAAGACGUUUCCGAAAGAAGGAAGUCAAAGGUGGGAGCGGAUUGCGGCUGCUGUUCCGGGAAAGACGGUUAAUGAUUGCAAAAAGCAGUUUACUUUGCUUAAGGAGAAAUUCAGGAACAAGAAAAAGUAG